CGGCACCGGAGCCAGCCGGGAGCGCCGCCCGCCGCCCGCCCAUGGGCUGCACGCCCCGGCGCUGAGGCCACUCCUCCUAGCCUCAACAUGCAGCCCACAGCCACCAUGGCCACGGCGGCCACCACCACCUCCGCCGCCGCCACGGUCGCCCUGACAGCGUCCUGGGACAACGCCACCAGCCGUCCCACAGCCGAGCCGGACCCCAUCCUGGACAACUCCGUGCUGCUGGUCGUGGUGAUGUCGCUGUUUGUGGGCGGCACCCUGGUGGUGCUCUCCGGAGUGCUGCUGCUCUGUAAGCGCUGUUGGCAGGUGCACCAGCGUUUCAACAGGGCUGUGGAGGAAGCCGAAAAGACCACCACCACCUACCUAGACAACGGCACCCACCCCGCCCAAGACCCCGACCGCAGGGGGGAGGACCCCGAGGGCCAGGACGAGGAGACGGAGCACUUCCUGUCCACCAGCUCCACGGGCCGCAGGGUCUCCUUCAACGAGGCCGCCCUGUUUGAGCAGAGCCGGAAGACCCAGGACAAGGGCCGCCGGUACACCCUGACAGAGGGGGACUUCCACCACCUCAAGAACGCACGCCUCACCCACCUGCACCUGCCGCCGCUCAAAAUUGUCACCAUUCACGAGUGCGACUCGGCCGAGGCCAGCGCGGCCGCCGCCCCCCACCCGGCCGCCUCCCCCAAGGCCAGCCUGGCCAUAUUCGAGCCCCCAGGGAAGGCCCUCACUGGCCGCUCCCUGGGCCCCAGCUCGGCCCUGCCAGGUGACCCCUAUAACCCUGCGGUGGGCACCUCGGACUUCACAGAGAUCAGCCCCGCGGCGUCCAGCGAUUCUGGGGAAGGCGCCUCGCUGGAUGUGAGCGCCAGGAGCAGCAAGGCGGGCGGGCCCGGGGCCCCGGCAGGGCCCGGGGAGGCAGGCGCAGGUCCGGGCACCGUGCUGCACUUCUUCAGCCGUCUGCGCCGCCAUGCCAGCCUGGACGGGGCCAGCCCCUACUUCAAGGUCAAGAAGUGGAAACUGGAGGCCAGCCAGCGGGCGUCCAGCCUGGACACGAGGGGUUCCCCCAAGCGGCACCACUUCCAGCGGCAGCGGGCGGCCAGCGAGAGCGUGGAGCCAGAGGGGGACGCCCCCCAGGCAGACCUCAUCCAGUACAUCGCGCCGGCUGGCGCCGCCCCCGCCUUCCCGCCCCCGCGACCCUUCCUGGCCAGCCCGCCCCCUGCUCUCGGCAGGCUAGAGGCCGAGGCGGGAGCAGCCAGCCCCGACACACCCCCGGAGCGUGGCGGCGGCGCCGCGGGGUCUGAGCAGCCGCCGGAGUCGGACACCGAGCAGGCCCAGAGCAGCUACCGCGACCUGUGGAGCCUGCGCGCCUCGCUCGAGCUGCACGCGGCCGCCUCGGACCACAGCAGCAGCGGCGGCAACGACCGCGACUCGGUGCGCAGCGGCGACAGCUCGGGCUCCGGCUCAGGCGGCGCGGCGCCCGCCUUCCCGCACCCGCCCUCACCGCCCGCACCGCGGCCCAAGGACGGCGAGGCGCGCCGGCUGCUGCAGAUGGACAGCGGCUAUGCCAGCAUCGAGGGCCGCGGCGCCGGCGACGACGCCGAGCCGCCCGCCGCGCCCCCCAGCCCGCGCGCCUGGCCCCGCCGCCCGCGCCGCGACUACAGCGUCGACGAGAAGACCGACGCGCUCUUCCACGCGUUCCUGCGCCACGACCCGCACUUCGACGACGCGCCCACGGCCGCGCGCCACCGCGCCCGCGUGCACGCGCGCAAGCAGUGGCAGCAGCGCGGCCGGCAGCACAGCGAUCCCGGUGCGCGCGCCGCUGCAGCCCCCAGCGCACCCCGGCCUGCGCGCGCGCCCCUGCGCCGCGGCGACAGCGUCGACUGCCCGCCCGACGGCCGUCCGCUGGGCACGGGUGACGACCCCACCAUCCCGGUCAUCGAGGAGGAGCCCGGCGGCGGCGGCGGCGGCGGCGGCGGCGGCUCGGGGCUGUGCGUGGAGCCCUCGGGCGCCUUGCUGGACAAGCUGGCCGGCGGCCUGGAUGAGAGACUCUUCCCGCCGCGUCUCGCCGAGCCCGUCGCCGCCAGCCCCGCCCUGGUCGCCGCCGCCCCCACAUCUCCUGACCACAGUCCGGCGUAAGGCCACCUCCUGGCCGCUUGUCCCGGUGCGCACGCAGCGCGGCGCUGCAGGAUCCCGGCCAGACUGCGGGGAGGGCAGAUUCUCAGCCCCACACACCUUGUUGGCAACGUUGGGUCCCGGGCCCCAGACCGGUCUCUGGGCUGUGGCCACGGCCUGCGUGCCCCUGGCCCUGCCUUGGGCCCUUGGGGACCGUUCGCGCGCAAGCGCAGAGCCUCCCUGCAGUGCCGGCGGGGCCUGGACUGGGCUGGAUGCCUGGUGCAUGCGCGACCCGCAGGCCGCCGCCCUCCCCAUGUGUGUCCGCGUCCCCACGCCGCCCUCCGCAUGAACGGCGGCCCGCCCCUCGCCCGGGCAGCGACGUGAGCGAAGCCCGCCGGGCCACGGUCCUGUUCCCCGAGCUUUAUUUAUUGCCAAAAGAUGGGGUGGCCCUCGCCGCCGCCCCCCCCCCCCCCCCCCCCGCUUCGCACCAGCCCCGUGCCGCCGUGCUGGAUUGUCUGCGUCGUGUCUCUCCCGGUUGAUAAAAAUAUU